CCAGAAUUAUAAUGAUUCGUCAUGUGGACGUAUACGUUGAUAGCUUUUGGUUUUGUAAGUGUCGGACUUGGUUUGGAGCCGAGCCCGUGUACGUGGCAGGAGACAAACUUGAAGACAGUUGAAAGAAUAGCUGUCCUUGAAACGAAGCAGGCAUUUCUUAAAGACACCAUAUCCAGACAACAACAUUUAAUCAAUGAUUUGGUUGAAACUGUAAUGAAACAAUGGGGAUCUUGGUCGGAGUGGAGCGCAUGCGCAUUCAAGUGUAGUGGAAGUGAAGUAGAUAAUGGACGCACCCAAACCAGAACGAGGCUAUUAAUGAAAGACAAUGUCGCCAUGCAAAAUGAAACUGAGCGACGGCCGUGUAACGCUGUGCAAUAUGCAGGAUGUGAAGCGUCGACCGGUCCGGGCGACCAGUACGGUGUUGCCUAUGACUACCGUGACCAGAUGGCUCAGGCAACAUGUACUGCGCUACUGGAUACCAGCAGUGCGCACGUGUACGCGGUUAGGCGCACAUGCUCCAGCCUGACCGUGCCGUGUGCAGACGUCUGCUCAAGCCUCAGUCUGACCUGUUUCAACUCACUUCACGUGUACAGUCCCCACACUUGGCUACCAUGGGGCGUUACGGGACAGAAAACGUCCUUCAUGUACCGAUACAACGCCUGUGGUGGAGGCUGUGGACCCAACUUCUGCUGCUGCCGCGCGUAACUGAAACCCUUGGACUAUCACCGUCAAACUGUAUUUACGAUAUUAAAAAUUUAUAAGUCACAUUUGAUAGAUUCGUACUUUGCCGUAUGUGUGUGUGUUUGUAUGUAUGCGUGUGCAUGUGUGUUUGAAACAAACAAUACUAAAUGGAUCAUACUAAACACAAUACUACAAAAUACCAAUAAAAUCACGUGCAAAACUCACAGAGAGUGUUUUUUCG